AUGGUUUUGCACAAUCCUAAUAACUGGCACUGGGUCGAUAAGAACUGCAUUCAGUGGUCUCGCGACUACUUCAAUGCCCAGCUUCCCGAGACGUCGGCUGAAAACGACCAGGCCUCUGUCAAGGUUACGAAGGUGCGCAACGUCGAGGGCGAUGUUGAUGUUUGCCAGCGCAAGGGCAAAGUUAUCUCGCUCUAUGAUUUGCAUAUGGAACUCGAGUAUGCAGGCAGCUGCGGCGAUGUGGAUGCCACUGGUCGUAUCAAGAUCCCAGAGAUUGCCUACGACACCGAGGAGGACGAGUUCCAGUUCAACAUCAGCAUUGACGAUGAGACCUCCGACAAGGCGCCCGUCAAGGCUCUUGUUCGCGAAAAGCUUGUUCCCCAGCUGCGCAAAAAGCUUGUCGCGUUCGGUGUUGACCUGAUUGAAACCCACGGUAAGGAUAUCCAGCACCAAGAUCAAAAGGCCGCUGCACAGGCUCUGCAGCCAUUAGCCCACGCCGAUGAAGACAAAAAUGUCACCGGCAGCUCUACGUACAAUACCACCACCCUCAAGCUGAAGCCUACUUUCACUGCGUCAGCUGAACAGCUCUACAAGGCAUUUUUGGACAAGGCGAUGGUGGCCGCCUGGACCAGAGCCUCUCCGGAUAUUGAGGCCAAAGAGGGAACCAACUAUUCUCUUUUCAACGGCAACAUUGUUGGCAAAGUUGUCAAGCUCGAGGAGAACAAGCAGAUUGUCAUGACAUGGCGACUGCGGGAUUGGAAAGAGCGCCACUUUGCUACGAUCCAACUGGACUUCGAUCAGGGCUCUGGAGAGACGGUUUUGAACGUCAACUGGACCGGCGUUCCCGUCGGCCAAGAGGAAAUUGUCGAAAACAACUUCCAAAACUAUUACGUCAAACCCAUCAUGCUCACGUUCGGCUAUGGGCUGCCUUAA